AUGGCCGACGCGACCGCCCCGAACGACGAGCUCUACCCCAUCGCUGUCCUGAUCGAUGAAUUGAAGCACGAUGAUGUAUUGCUUCGUCUCAAUGCCAUCCACCGUCUCUCGACCAUUGCCCUCGCGCUGGGCGCCGAGCGCACUCGCGACGAGCUGAUUCCAUUCCUUGACGAGUCAGUCGAGGACGAAGACGAAGUUCUCGUCGCGCUGAGCGAAGAGCUCGGCACCUUCAUCGACUAUGUUGGCGGACCGCAGUGGGGCCAUGUCCUCCUGUCGCCCCUCGAAAACCUCGCGGCUAUAGAAGAGCCCGUCGUGCGAGACAAGGCCGUCGAGUCGCUAAACAAGAUCUGCGUCGACUUGUCUUCGCAGCAAGUCGAAGAGUACUUCAUCCCCCUUACGAUUCGACUCUCCAAGGCCGACUGGUUCACCUCCAAGGUGUCGGGCUGCGGCCUUUUCACGGCACCCUAUUCCAAGGUCUCGCCCCCCAUCCAAGAACAGCUCCGCCAGCAGUUUGGCCAGCUCGUGCACGACGAUACUCCCAUGGUGCGACGACAGGCUGCCACCAACAUGGCAAAUUUUGUCAAGGAGAUGCCCGCCGCAAUUGUUGUCGAAGAAAUGAUACCCAUGUUCCAGCAUCUGGCCCAAGACGACCAAGACAGUGUCCGGCUGCUCACUGUUGAGAUUCUGAUUUCCAUCGCCGAAGUCGUGCCCAAAGAGCAGCAAGCGAGUCACGGCGUUCUCCUGACUUCGCUGCGCAGCUUGAUAGAAGACAAGAGCUGGAGAGUUCGGUAUAUGAUUGCCGACAGGUUUGAGAAGAUUGCGAAAGCGGUUGAUGAGGAGGUUGUGUCGCGGGAUCUGGUGCCCGCGUUCGUAAAACUGCUCAAGGACAACGAGGCGGAAGUGCGGACGGCUAUCGCGGGCCAGAUUCCUGGGUUCUGUGCUUUGGUUGAUCGGACGACGCUCCUUAAUGAGAUUAUGGGCAGCAUUGAGGACCUGGUCUCGGACACGUCCCAGCACGUCAGAGCCGCCCUAGGAACGCAAAUCAGCGGCCUAGCUCCGAUUCUGGGCAAGCAAGAGACAAUCGACCACCUCCUGCCCAUGUUUCUGCAGAUGCUUAAAGACGAGUUCCCCGAGGUCCGCCUUCAUAUCAUCUCCAAAUUGGAGCUGGUAAAUCAGGUUAUCGGCAUCGACCUUCUCUCUCAGUCCCUUCUCCCGGCCAUUGUGCAGCUCGCGGAGGAUAAGCAGUGGCGGGUACGGCUCGCUAUUAUCGAGUACAUGCCCUUGCUGGCUAGCCAGUUGGGUGUCAAUUUCUUCGAUGAGAAACUCAGCCAGCUGUGUAUGGGAUGGCUUGGCGACACUGUCUUUUCGAUCCGCGAAGCGGCAACUCGCAACCUCAAGAAGCUCACCGAGGUCUUUGGCGUCGAGUGGGCCAGCGAGGCUAUUAUUCCAAAGGUCAUGGCCAUGGGAGGUCACCCAAAUUAUCUCUACAGGAUGACAACCUGCUUUGCUAUCUCAACGUUGGCUAGCGUCGUUACCAUGGAUGUCAUCGCCAAGUCUAUUCUACCUAUGUUGGAGAAGCUGACCAGCGAUGAAAUCCCCAACAUUCGCUUCAACGUUGCGAAAACAUAUGCUGUCUUGAUCGGAGUGCUGCGCCGCCUUCCCGAGCAAGGCACCAUCUACGCUCUUGAGCAGGCCAAGACCCCUUUCACCCCGUCACCGAGAGGCCAACAGUUGAUUGACGAGCGCAUCAUGUUCAGCCUAGACAAGCUUCAAAAGGAUGAUGACGUGGAUGUGCGGUACUUUGCGACCACGGCGGCCGCGGCGGCUGCCAGCCCUGCUAUAGGCGGUGGAGAGCCUAUGAACACGUCACCAUAG